CCUCUCCCUCUCUCCUGUGAUCAUUAUCCCGGUGCGUUUGGGUUCUGGGGGAAGGCUGUGCGGCUCUCCCGCUCGCUGGCUUUGAUCCGCGGCUGGGCUCCUGUGGAGAAUCAGCGGGUAAUGGGCGAGGAAACAUAUGAGAUCUUCAUCCCUUCAGAACAGCAAAGAAGCUCAUUUCUGUUCCGUCACCUCUGCCUCCUGUUCCCAUGCUCAGGUACCAACCCCACAGCACAGGGACCCUGCGCUACCUCACCUGCUCUCUCUCAGGUACCCCACAUCCCCACAACACAGGCCACAGCACAGGCUCUCAGCACAGGGACCCUGCGCUACCUCACCUGCUCUCUCUCAGCACCUGUACGCGUCUCCGUGGCGAUGAGUUUGGACGUGUGGAACGUGGGCCCGGUCGCUGGCGGCAGCGUGCAGCAGCAGAGGGAGCGCUGGGACAGGAAGCGGGGGCGGACUUCCUGUGAGCUGGUCCGCACCGAGCAGAAGUACUGCCUGAGCCUGGAGCUGGUCGUCACGUACUUUGUGGAGAUUCUGAAGGCCAAGGGCACUCUGAAGCAGGACAUCAGGGAGAGCAUCUUCAGCUCGAUUACAUCCAUUCAUUCUGUCAACCAGGCGUUAUUGGCUGAUUUGGAAGGUGGGAGGGUUGGCCUUGGCUUCGAGAGAUUCUGCCCCAACCUGAACUACUACUACACCUACGUGGACAACUUCCAGAAGGCCUCCAGAGUCCUGCAGGUGCAGCUGAAGAAGAACAAGGCCUUCAGACGAUUUAAGAAGCUGCAGGAGUCAAGGCCAGAGUUCCGCGCCUCCAAGCUGGAGGAGCUGCUGCAGCUCCCACUGCAGCGCAUUCAACAGUACAAGCAUUUCUUGCGCGACUUGGCAGAGAACACCAGCCCAGAUCACCCCGAGUUCCAGCAGCUUUCCAGGGCGGUGAAGGCCAUCUCUGGGGUCGCUCAGCGUAUCCAGGACAACGGGCGCAGCCAGGAGAACCUCCUGCAGCUCCAGCGGGUGCAGAAGCUGCUGAAGGGGAGGAAGACCAAGGUGCUGGCUCCAGGGCGCUGGUACAUCAGGGAGGGCUGGCUGAAGGUGGUGCCCACCAAGGGGACAGAGGCCAAGCCCAAAAUGUUCUUCCUGUUCUCGGACAUCCUGCUGCUGACCACGCCCUGCAGCUCGCUGCACCCCACUAACGGGGAUAAGUUUGCCUGCCAGCGCGUGUACCCCCUGAGAGAGUGCACCGUGGACAAGGUGUUCGGCCACACCCGCAGCCAGGGUGGGCUCAUCAGCCUCACCUUUGCCCGAGACAAACUCCUGCUGAUGUCCGGUGACCAGGAGGACAUCAACGACUGGUACAGGAGCCUGACCUCCAGCAUCGGGCAGCUGAUGUCCCGGAACACCGUGGUCCACCGGAGGGAUGACCUCUGCCGAAAACCUCUGCGCUCUGCCCAGGGGGACCCCAACACCCCCUCCGCCCCGCCUCACACCCGCAAGAGGGUCCUGGUCACAGUGGAGCCCCCGGGGCAGAGGGGCGACCCCGCUGGUGUGGCCCCCCCCGCAGGCUCGGACCCGGCCGGGGCAUCAAAGAGGAUGAAGCUGUCCGGUGGAGCCGUGGAAAGUCCACAGGAGGCAGCAGCGGCCGGGUCUGGCUGUGUGAUCCUGUAACCCCCCCCCCCACCGUCGCCAUGGAGCCGGGCUAUCUGACACUGGGCCGCUGAGACGGGACGGCCGGGCGCAACAGGGUAUCGGGUCCCACGGACACACACUCCCUUCAGCUCAGAGUUCCCAGCCUUUCAUCACUUUUAUCACUCUUCCUGUCUGUGAAGAUCGCUCUCUCCUCUGUGUGACUGCACCGCCCAGCCCCGAUGCAGCAGGAAGUGUGGUGAUUACUGAUCAUGCUGGGGGAAAAUGAGGAUCAUUUUGAACAUUAUUUUUAUUUGAUGGGAGCUUUUUAUUUUUAUUCGACAUUUACUUUGGUUAAGUUUUAUUUGAAGGCUUCUGUGUGCUUGUGCAGUGCGAUAUGCACAGCCGUGUAAUCUCAGUGAUGUUGCUCGCCAUGUGGGAUUCGGACCGAGCUUUUAUUACUACUGAUAUCAAGCUUGCCGGACGCCAUUUUGCUAAUGUGUGUGGCUGCAUGUUGUGCAUUACAGGGUGCUGGUGAUGAGAUUGGAGGGGACAGGUGCAGCAGUGGGACGCGUGUUUUGAGCCUAUUGCAUGGUGUGCAUGUGACUGUCAGACAGUACUACUGAGGUCAUUACUGAGACUGCUGCCAGGAUCCCUCAGGGGUCCCGUCCCAUCCCAAAAGGGCCCGUGUGGGGUUUUGUUUUAGCCCAGCACUACAGCACAUGAUUUUUAUGCUUUAACUCAUCAUGGUCUACGAGGUGUGGUAGAGCAGAAGCCUGCACCCACACCGGCCCUGUUGGGGUGAGGUUGGACGCCCUGCUUUAAAGAGGAGCACUGUGCUCUGCCCUUGUGAGUGACCCAGUGUGUGCUCUACCCUUGUGAUUGACCCAGUGUGUGCUCUGCCCUUGUGAUUGACCCAGUGUGUGCUCUGCCCUUGUGAGUGACCCAGUGUGUGCUCUGCCCUUGUGAUUGACCCAGUGUGUGCUUUACCCUUGUGAGUGACCCAGUGUGUGCUUUACCCUUGUGAGUGACCCAGUGUGUGCUUUACCCUUGUGAGUGACCCAGUGUGUGCUCUGCCCUUGUGAGUGACCCAGUGUGUGCUCUGCCCUUGUGAGUGACCCAGUGUGUGCUUUACCCUUGUGAUUGACCCAGUGUGUGCUUUACCCUUGUGAUUGACCCAGUGUGUGCUUUACCCUUGUGAGUGACCCAGUGUGUGCUUUACCCUUGUGAGUGACCCAGUGUGUGCUUUACCCUUGUGAGUGACCCAGUGUGUGCUCUGCCCUUGUGAGUGACCCAGUGUGUGCUCUGCCCUUGUGAGUGACCCAGUGUGUGCUUUACCCUUGUGAUUGACCCAGUGUGUGCUUUACCCUUGUGAUUGACCCAGUGUGUGCUUUACCCUUGUGAUUGACCCAGUGUGUGCUCUGCCCUUGUGAGUGACCCAGUGUGUGCUUUACCCUUGUGAGUGACCCAGUGUGUGCUCUGCCCUUGUGAUUGACCCAGUGUGUGCUUUACCCUUGUGAGUGACCCAGUGUGUGCUUUACCCUUGUGAGUGACCCAGUGUGUGCUUUACCCUUGUGAUUGACCCAGUGUGUGCUUUACCCUUGUGAUUGACCCAGUGUGUGCUUUACCCUUGUGAUUGACCCAGUGUGUGCUUUACCCUUGUGAUUGACCCAGUGUGUGCUUUACCCUUCUGAUUGACCCAGUGCUAAUGUUCACAGCGGCGUCUUCUUAUAUAGCUGCUCUUCUGCUGGUCAUUUUACAGUGACCAGUGAGUCUGAUUCCUGUGCUCAGUUCUAUUUGACCCAAAGACUUUUUACCGAUUAAGUUAUGUUCAGUUCUUUCUGUAUAUGAAGAUUGCUUCCUGAACUUUUAAUUGGUCUGUGUACAGACAUUUUUUCUUUUGGUUGGUUGUUUUAUAUUGUAUCUCAUCCUGUUACUCCAGACAGAGGCAUUCUGAAAAGCUGUUACUCCUGGUGGAAAUUAAAUUGAUUUCAACACAAUGGUGAA